AUGCGAACGAGCCUCAAGUGUUUGGUAUUAUAUUUGAUAGUUGGUGUUAUUCUACUUAAUAUUUAUAUACUCGGUCAACUCUAUUUUCAUCAUGACAACACUCAAAACACUCACCAACAUCAAAGUCAACAUAAAUACUCAAAUAAUGUUUUUCCUGUUAUUGAAAAAGGCGAUGCGCUAGUCAAUCAACCAUUAUCAAAAGCGAAUAAUUUGAAAAAUAGUAAUGAAUUUCUUGUAUUGGAUUGGACUGGUCAUCAACAUAUCUUUCGAGAACAAGAUCCGAUUAAAUGUGAUUUUUCUCAUAUAAAUCGUGAUCAAUGCGUAGCAAAAUUUAAUACAUUAACAAACGAUGCUCUUCGUUCGAUUCUAAUUGAACGAUGCAUGCGUUUAUUAACAUUAACUGUUCGUUGGACAGAUGAUCAAUCACGUUUAAAAGAAGCGAAUCUUAUUUCAUAUCAUUCCAUUCAUAUGCCAUCAAAUAAUUUACCGAAACUAGAACGUUCUGAUCAACGACAACAGUAUUCAACUGUAUAUGUACUUGAAAGUGAAGUACAUUCAUCUGGUGGUCAUGAUUGGCAUGAAAUUGAUUUUCCAAUGUGGUAUAAUUUAGAACGUUCAUAUCCUGAGCCAGCUACCUAUUUUGAUUUGAAAUCAUAUCUUGAUAAAUUAUUUGCACCUGUUCGAGUACCAUUUUCAAAAAAAGUUAAAUCAGCAUCAAUCAUAUGGAUUAUAUCGAAUUGUAACGCUUAUAAUGGUCGCCAAUCAAUUGUUCGACAAUUGAUGGCACAUAUGCGUAUUGAUUCGUUUGGUGGCUGUCUUAAUAAUGGGAAAUCAGUUGAAGCACAAGCACGUGCACAAUCCAAUUCUGAAUUAUAUGCAUCCUACAAAUUUGUUAUAUCGAUUGAAAAUUCCAAUUGUGAAGAUUAUGUCACAGAAAAAUUAAUUGAUGGCUUAUCGUCAACAGCUGUACCGAUUGUUGCUAGCCGUGAUGGAAAACCUGAUUAUACGCGAUUUGCACCCAAUCAUUCAUAUAUUAAUAUUUAUGAUUAUAAAACAGUGAAAGAAUUAGCGGAUUAUUUAAAUUAUUUAUCAAAUAAUGAAACCGCUUAUAACGAAUAUCUUUGGUUUAGACAACCACCGGCUAAUAAAUAUGCGACAUCCGGUAUGACUGAACGAUCGCUAAGUGAAAAUCUUCGUCUAGCUGAAGAAGUCUUAGGUGUGAAUGCUACAAUGCGUCGAUGGUUAUUAGCCAAAGAAGCUAGCAAAAAUAAAUAUUGCAAAUUGGUUCAAUAUAUUCAUACAACAUAUUGGAAAUUAAUUUAUAAACGAAAGAAAAGGGAUCGACCAACUCCAAACGAAGUUUGUUUACCUUCGAACGAUAUUGCUUUUUAUUUUGCCAAUUCAUCUAUUCAUAAUGCUGCUGCUGUUGUUGUUUAA